CAUCACGUGCAUGCCAAAAAUAUUCGGCGGUUUGCGCUCUUCCCUCAUUGUCAAUCCUCCCUUGUUUAUAACGCGUUAACUGUCUAUUCAUCAUAUCUUCGAAGUCUGUACAUCGAUUUUGUCCUUUGUUCUCGAAUGGCUGGAUCGUCUCCAACGGCUUCCGAUCUGGCCGUUCAGAAACUCUUGCAGCGGCUUCACGACAGUCCCAGUAACAGUGAAAGCGUCCAAGAGGCUGAACUUGAUACCAUUUACGCGUACUUGCAGCGCUCUUCUGUCAAGAAAUCAUCUAGCCUUCAUUGGUUUUGCCGGCAUGCAGACCCAACUACAACUCAAGCGGCCAUUUUCCUUUUAAGGUUAUUCGCCUAUAGCAGUCCAAAAGUAGAGACAUGGAAAGGAUGGUUGAACGGCUGUCUCGGGGGCUGUUCUGAGUGUGUCAUGGGGCUUGAAAAGGCGAAGAUCAGCUCAAGAGAUUCGUACUUCGGUGCAUUUCCAGAACAUGUAAUGAGCGCGUUUUGGGAUUCUUUCAAUAAGUGGGAAUUGGAGCAUACUUUGGCACAAAUCUCAGACGCUUCCGCUUGGACUGAUAUCCCUACACCCACUUUGUAUCGUAUGAUAUGCAACUUCCAAAUUUUUCAAGAUUCUCGGAUACAAACCUUCUUAGAACAGCAUCCUCCUUCUCGUAGUCCGUCCGACUGGCCCGCAGAACCUAUUACUCCUGCCAUGCUUGUACUCAUGAUGCAUGAAAACGACACUCUUAGAGACUGGGCCGUGAAGCAAGCCUCGCGAUGCACCAAUAUUCCUAUAUCUCAGGACGAUGCCCUACCCAUUCUAUAUGAUCAAGCGCUGGAAAUAAUAAUGUUACCUUUCAUUUCCACUGCGCAAGCACGUUCUGAUAGCAUCUCGACCCGCCUAGUCACAGAAACUGUGACUUUGUGGUCUUCAUUUUACUCUGUUUUGCGCCUAUUGCAUCCAAAACACUUGACAUUCUUUUCCUCCAAAGGGGUAGAUGUCCGACAUGUGCUUACUGGCCACCUUCAUGACCAUGGUCCCGAAUUCAAGACCGUCCUGCAAUGCUUCAAUCUCGUUUUGAAGCGUUUAGGAAAGGACCUUUGGCAAGGAGAGGGUCCGGAGUACCCUCAAGUGGUUUUUGAUGCAUUCAAAGACAAUCCGUCCCUGAAUGCUCUCCUUCACGAGAGAGAUCUCUCUCCGGAGCGAAACCCAUGGUUCUUCAAUUGGCUUUCGGAAUUCUUGCAUACAAUUCGCGAUCAACCGGGAUAUUCCGAAGUUGUAGCAAAGAUCACGGAUUUCAUGUGUGAAGAACUACAACACGAACGGUUCAGCGAUGCCCGCCCCACAGUCAUUGCGUGUGCUGCUCGACUCCUCAAAGGCCAAAACCGCGAUGGCAUAAACUCUGCUGUUGCAAAUGUGUUGGAUAUCCACGCAGAAGCAUUUGUGACGGUAGCUUUUGCAAGUUCCCAUCAAAAACCUGAAUGGCAAAUUGCACGAGAAGCCACUCGCGGCCUGAUUCACACAUCCUUGAUGCAGGAUAUCCAUAAUAUUCACGACGCCAUCUCCCGUUGCACCAUUGUUCUUGCUCUCUCUCUCAAAAAAACCGAAGAGAAUGGAUCGAAGCCUCACGUUCACGAUAAUGGACACAACAGCAUGGCUCCUUUGGUCAUUAGAGAACAGAUCUGGAAAAAAAUUUACGUUCAUCUCCAACCCACUGACACCGAUGGGCUUGCCUUCUUACUUGCAGUAUUAGCGUCCGCUGCUCACCUAGAUACCGUUCUAAAGAACUCCUUCGGUCCAGCGUUGGCUUUUCCUGGAUUCUCGGCUCUUCUCGAUUCAGUGAACCGAUCCUUGGAAGUAAUCAGAUGCGGGUUUCCGGAGCUCACAUCUGCUUAUGAGAUGUCCAUAGCGGCCACUCAAGUUUUACACCAUCCAGAUGUGGCUAAAGAUAUUGUUAAACUGAUGCUCUCACCUGUGCCCGACUUGCAUGGUGGUGCGAUGGGGAUUGUCACACAGGCAAACGACGCUGGCUCGGAUGGCCGAAGAGAAUGCUUUCAGUGGCUUUUUGAAAAUUUUACCGAGGAGUCUUUUAUGGGUAGCUUUGAGCUCCUCAAAGUGUUUAAUGACUACGCCCCUAGAGUGCCCGAGGCAUGUAGCUUGUCGAAGUCCCUUGUUCGUUGCUUCACCGACAUCAUUGGCGUACUUUGUUCCAGCCAUCGUGGACUACUUCAUCGGUCCGAGUAUCUCCGCUCAGAUGGGCCUGCUCGACGAAUCCCAGAGCUGUGGACUCUAAUGUGUAAAACCAUCACGGUGAUAUUCAAACGGACCCCCUCUUGGUCCCAGUAUUACAGAACCGAAGUAAUGACAGAGUGGAUGCGAGACGCUCUCAUCUUCGCGCGUGAUAUUUUGGGAGAAAGGGCUGUUUUUGAAUCUGCUGCAGAAGCCGCCGACGCCGUCGUAACCAAAUCCUCCGAAAUUUCGAAACGUAUGCUCAUGAAUUUACAAGAGAUUUUGGCGGAGCUUUCUAGGUGGUUACGGUUGACAGACGAAGAACUACUACAUCAGUCCUGCACCCUCAUCCAUUCGCUCCUUGAGCUCUUCCGGGAAAAACAUGACCCCCCUCAACAAGCAGUUCUCCUGAAAUUAUCCAAGCAGAUUACUGAUGUUCGCAAUCGGGACAGCAGCUCAUUAAGUUGCCGUCUAGAUCCAGCUAAACUCGCCCCUCUUGAAGCCAUCCUUGCAUCGUUUGAUGAUGGUGAUGAUGUUGAGAUAGUGGAGGUAUCUAAAGCUAUGCUACCACCCAAAGUCCCAGCUAAGCCUAUAAGAAAAGCAAAAGCCGAGCUAAAUCCUACAUCAGCCGUCUCCCGAAGUCUGCCUGCAUCCUCCAAAUCGGCCCGAUUCUCUGCCGCGGACCAGGAACGACUUGAUGCCGCUAACUCGAUGCCUAAAUUUCGCAAACCUGCCGCAACGAGCGUUCCAAAUGUCGCACCCCCUUCUACUAAACCUCCGGUGGCAGGUGGCAGUAGUCGUGAAAAGGGAGAGUCCGGUUCAUCCUCCAGCUCAGAUGAAAGUGAAGAGGAAGAAGAAGAGAGCCAGAGAAGUCUCAUGGCUGGCUUGGUAAAGCUUCAGCAAUCACCUAAAGUCCGGAAACAAGUCCAGCGACGACAAGUUAAAAUGUUGGAUUUACCACACCUCAAGCAGAAUGCCCAGGAGGCCCGACUUUUGAAAAGGGAUGAAGCUCGCCAAAAAGCUUUGCGAUUCAAACCCGACAUAUCUGGACUCCAUAGGACCUUGUUGUCAUGGGAUUACCAGCAUGAGGGCGAGUCACCUCCAAGAACCCGGCUGCAGUUGCGCAGCGUCCCAGACACCUUCUCCGAUUUCAAUCACUACCGAGCCGUCUUUGAACCAUUGCUGCUUAUGGAAUGUUGGGCGCAGUUGCUUCAAUCCAAAGACGAGUCUUCGGAGAGUUAUGACUGCAGGAUUACAUCUAGGCUAUAUAACGGUCAAUGGUCAGACCUUGAGGUAAUAUUUCUUAGUGAUUUACGUAAAGAAUGGUUCUUGACUGAGAACGAUGUCGUUUUACUUCGACAUCCGGAGGGUAAGAGCACUGUUCUCGCAAAAGCGAUCAGCUUUCGGCGUCCAGGAAAAGAUCCGGCUGAGGCAGGUCUGCGUUGUUAUUUUCCUCCUGAUGCUAGGGAUCCUGGUAUCCAAAUUCAAAGUUCAUGGCUGAUAUCCAAGGUGUUCAGUCUCAGUACACUACACCGAGAAUAUGCGGCAUUGGUUGCAGCAGAGUAUUACGACUUCGCCGAUCAUAUUCUGCGCCCGUAUCUCGCUCUCCCUGUGGGGGUGGAUACUAAGGAGAUCAACCAAAUGAUGAACAAGUUCAAGGUCAAUGAACCGCAGGCCAAAGCGAUUGUGAGCGCUCUGAAAAGCGAUGGUUUCGUACUGAUUCAAGGUCCUCCUGGGACAGGAAAAACAUCAACUAUCUGUGCUCUUAUAUCAGCGUCACUAGAGACAAUAUCUCAGGGUCCUCUGAAGAACCACGAAAAGCGCAAAGUUCUCCUCUGUGCCCCUAGCAAUGCAGCUAUAGAUGAGAUAGUAUACCGCUUGAAGGACAGAUAUCAUUCCUUGAAGGUUGUGCGUACAGGUGCCGCUCAGUCCAUUAGCCCCAACGUCAAGCACGUCUCCCUUGACUACCUGGUUGAAGAAAAACUCGGCGUGCAAGGUCAAAAGGAGUCUAGCGAAACCGCGAACGACAUGAUUUCUGCUCGUCAAGAAUUCCAAACCGUGAAAAAUCUUCGGCAAGUCAAAAUUCAGGAGCUUCAGAAACUUCGCGACAGCGGCGCUCGCUUCGAUUCAUUGGAGGUGGAAGUCAAGCAACUGACCAUAAAAACCACCGCUUUGAGGCAGCGUCUCGAUAAUCUUCGAGAUAAGCAUACUUCGGAAUCACGCAAGAUGGAUACUGCUCGCCGUAGGGCCAGAGACGAGGUUUUGCGAGAGGCAGAUGUCAUCUGCAGUACGCUUUCUGGUACUGGUCACGAGAAUUUGGAGCAGUACGAAUACGAAAUGGUUAUCAUUGAUGAAGCCGCACAAGCAAUCGAAUUGAGCUCAUUGAUACCACUGAAAUACAAAUGUAAUCGUUGUGUUAUGGUCGGCGAUCCACAACAACUUCCCCCGACUGUCAUCUCCAUGCAGGCAUCCAAAUACCAAUACAACCAAUCCUUGUUUGUACGACUUCAAAAACAGCGUCCGGAGGCUGUCCAUCUACUCAGCAUUCAAUACCGUAUGCACCCUGAUAUUAGUCGCUUGCCCAGUAAAAUUUUCUAUGAAAAUCGAUUACAGGAUGGCCCGAAUAUGGAUUCCAAAACGGCGCAGCCGUGGCAUACUCACUCCAAGUUUGGAACCUACCGUUUUUUUAAUGUCAAAGGUGGUAUGGAGGAAUCGAGCGGACGUUCCACGAAGAACAGAGCUGAAGCUCAAGUUGCUGUGGCACUUUUCAAUCGUUUGAGGAAGGAUUUUCCUUCUGUGGACUUCAGCUUCCGAGUGGGAAUAGUAUCGAUGUAUAGCGCUCAAAUUCGAGAGUUGAAGAUUGCCUUUGAGCAACGAUUUGGCCGCGAAGUUCUUACUCAAGUAGAUUUUAGGACCGUAGAUGGCUUCCAGGGACAGGAGAAGGAUGUCAUUAUACUUUCUUGUGUUCGAGCGGGGCCAGGUGUUGUCAGUAUUGGUCACGUCAAGGACAUCCGCCGCAUGAACGUUGCUAUCACGCGAGCAAAAUCGUCUCUAUUUAUCCUCGGGAAUGCAGCGACUCUUGAACGCAGUAACGAGACAUGGCGGGGGAUUGUGGCGGACUCAAAGGCUCGGAAUCUUUUCGCCGAGGUUGAUGUCUCGUACUUCACGGCUCCUUCAACCAUGACGACUGAAACCCCUCUGACUGGGACCUCUCCUCGAAAAUCAAAAUCUAAACAAAUAAAACCUCCUUUGCCUGUACCUCAGCAUCCUGAUCUUUCGACUCCAAAGGAGUUGAAGGCUGCAGCCUUAACUAACCCACCAAAACCGAGCUCUUCUGAGCCUUUACCUCUCGACAACGCUGCACCGAUCCCUCUAGAUAAGCAAAAAGGUAAAAGGAAGUUGGAAGAAACGGCUGAUCCAAAGCCCGAUUCCUCCCACAUUAGAUCUGUGCCGCCCGCACCAUCUGCGUCUAAUGCACAUCCCCUUCCUCAUCAUCCUCCUCGAAAACGCCCCAAGCAAGGUCCCGCUCUAUUCAUACCCAAGAACAAAAAUAAACCUAUCCAUCGUUCAGCGUCCAUGAUUUUCUUCCUCCGGACAAAUACUUCUAAAGCCUGA